ACAACCAGGUAAUCAUUUGUCUCGCAGGCAGCUGACGUACAAGGACCUAUCCGUCAGACUCUCUCUCUCUCACUCCUCAUCUUUUCGAGCUUACGAGAGACAGCUCUCAGAAGCCGAAGGUGGCAAAUUUUAACAAGUUUCGCAAGAUUUUCGCCCGGCUUUGUCAAAACAUUGAAUAUUGAUCUCCGUCAUCAAAUUUCAUUCGGGACAAUUCUACGUCAUCUUUUUGAGGCAUGUUGAUGGUUUCUAUCUUGGAAAGACCUUGUGGAUUACGUUCCUCCCACAUACCAUGAUCAAAGGUAGGAAUAAGGAAGGACUUUGCUCGAAAAGCGGCCGGUAGUGAUUGAGGAUACAGCACUGAUUUUUUACUCUUGGACAGGUAGGAGACGGCAGUUCUACUGACAAAGAACCUGCUUUUUUACCAACCCACAAAGAAGGAGGGAAGCAUAAAUACAGAAAAGCUUCGUCAAUUUCAUCUCAUCGGCGUGAUGACGAAGAUCAUUCUGUCCCAUGAACUAUAGCUGUUGGCUUUGAUUAUUAAAAAGCAAAAUGGAAACGUGUACGAACUCCUUAUCGAGUAACUCUCCGUCUGCCAGCCCUUGCAAGAACAUGACGUCGAAUCGGAGAUCGCAGACGUCUUGGAAGAUAAGUCGACGCUUCUCUCGUCUCCUAUGUCGACCGUCUAUGACGAUACUAUCAAACGCCUUAAUCUUACUUUGGACUUUUGUUGGAAUUUUAUCACCAUCCUUCACGAGAGCACAAGAUACAACAUGGAUAAAUCUAGGACUGGACACGAGAGUCCAGCAAUUCGAUGCCUUCCGGAACCCAGAGCUGUUCAUCCUGGGCACCCAACCCCUGUGCAGUGAGUUACUUGGUCUGUCCCCGGGUCAGCAGAAGCUAUGCCAGCUCUACCAGGACCAUAUGGCACCCAUUGGUGAGGGUGCCAAGAUGAGCAUCGACGAGUGCCAGAACCAGUUCACCAACAGAAGGUGGAACUGCAGCACGGUCGAUAGCAAUAAUGUCUUUGGAAAGGUGCUCAGCAUAUCGAGUCGUGAGGCAGCGUUCACCUACGCGAUCACGUCAGCGGGCGUGGUCAACGCCAUCAGUCGAUCAUGCAGGGAAGGACAGCUCUCAACAUGCGGGUGUGGCAAGUCGCCACGCCCACCAGACAUCCCUCGGGACUGGGUGUGGGGAGGAUGCGGCGACAACAUCGACUACGGCUUCCGUUUCGCCAGGGAGUUCGUCGACGCCCGUGAGAUGGAGACGAACCCUCAACGAGGAAGCUUCGCCUAUGAUCGGAUGAAGAUGAACCUGCAUAAUAAUGAAGCUGGUAGAAAGGCGGUUUACGAUAACGCGGGAACCGAAUGCAAGUGCCACGGUGUGUCCGGAUCGUGCAGUCUGAAGACAUGCUGGUUACAGCUGAGUCCUUUCAACCGUGUCGGCACCAUUCUCAAGGACAAGUACGACGGCGCCACCAACGUCCGCGUCAACAAGAAAGGCAGGCUGGUGAACAGCGAUGCCCGUUUCAACAAGCCAACCCGUGAUGACCUGGUGUACCUUCAGCCGUCACCAGACUACUGUCUUCCUGACAUACAGACUGGUUCAUUGGGCACGACGGGUCGCGAGUGUAACAAGACAUCCAUGGGAACCGAUGGAUGCACGUUGAUGUGCUGUGGAAGAGGCUACAACUCCUUCACGAAGGAGGUCGUCGAAAGAUGCAAAUGCAAAUUCAAGUGGUGCUGCUACGUCAAGUGUCGGAAGUGCAGAACAUUGGUUGAUGUACAUGUUUGUAAAUAGAACAGAACAUUUUGCACAAAACUAGUACUUUUGUGGACGUAUUUAUAAUGUGACAAUGCACCAGUUAGAGGUCAUCCUACAGUUUCAUCCUACAGAUUCUGCCAUGCAGCGUCAUAAGCCAGAGUGGAACUGCAACAUAGAUGACGCUCAAUCUUCUUCCUUGUCCAGAUAUCCUUAAGCUUCAAGAGUGUCUUCGGGAGUGUUUUCCUGAAUACGUCUAUGUCUACAUCUACGGUAGACGUCUUUAGAUGGAGACUCCUGUCAUUUCAAAAGCAAGAGAAAUGGGUUAUCAUGUACUUUGUCGUCGGGAAAUGAAAAUCUAUUCUAGAGCCAGAAUGUGUGCAAAGUGUGCCAUUUGAUUGAGUUGGUGGCCGUUAUGGUUUUGCAUUGUUAUGUGUACAGUCUUGUACAGGUUGUAACAUGGUACAUUUAUAAGUUAUUUGAUCUCACUUUGCCGAUGUUUCAAGGAAAGAAAGCUGCAAAAUGUUGGAGAUGGUCUUAGUCUGAUUUACAGAAAACCGUAGGUAUAGUAAAGUGAUCGGAUGCCGUAUGAAUUACGAAAAUUGUAUUUGGAUAAUUCAUAAUGUUCAUAAUUUAUCGGCAACAUAAUGUUAGACCAACUAUUGUAAAUCGUAUCAGGGUGAAUCAUGAAUAUUUUACGUGAUGAAGAUGAAAAAUCACGAGGUAUUACACGAGGCUGUAACCUUGUUCUCGGUAGGCCUUCGCAUGGCCUUAACGGGAAAGAAGUUAGAACACUAUAGGAAGUCACCUACUUGUUUCAAAGACAGACUGUUACGAACAAGUUAGCCUCUGUCAGUCAAGGUGUACCAUGUCCCGUUACAAACGUGCUGUAAUCAUGGAACCAAUGGUCAAGAUAUUGGUAGUUGUUCUUGGUGACCAUUUGAAAAUUAGUUGGAUAUUACACCAAUGCACAAAGGGAACGUGAACCUCAUACACACAUAUAGCAUUCGAUGACGUUGACUGCCGAGCGGAUGUUUCCUUUGAAAUAAUGUUGAAUGAUCAUCAAAACGAACUGAAAUGGCGCCCUGUACAGACUAUGCGAUGAAAUGACGGAUGAGAAUUCGAGAUGCGCCUGAUGAAAAUUUAAAAAUGUAUUUAAUAUUAAUUAUAAUCAUAAUAUGGACUUGUGGCUACCAGAAGCGUGAUGAAAUUAAUUGAACCUUAUGCACAGUUUCUGUGACAACCUGACCGGAAGAUAUGUUUUGGGGGACUAACACGAGAGACAAUAACAUCACGUUUGGUAGUAGGUAAAUAUAUAUCUCGGGAUAGCGACAUACAAUUGAGGAUGUGUUAUCCGGUAAUAACAUUGGAAUUCCACAAACAAUUAUUGGAAAUGUAGUUUUUUGUAGCUAUAAGACAGGGUCCACAUCCAAUUGGAACUAAUUAUAAGACAUAUAACAGUUUGAGAAAUUGCAGUAUACCUUAAAAUCACUAGUUACAUUAUCCAUAAGAGAUACUUGCAAUGGAAAAGUUGUCUAGAACAUCGUUCUUGACUUGUAAAGCUCUUAAACAAAAUAAUACACUAUGUAAAGGAAUACCUUUAUGGUUACUAAAGAGUAACACAUAAACCCACAGUACGGAAAACUUCCUUUGAUCACAGUACUAUGAUGAAAUCACCAUUUCCACCGAGGAUGUACAAAAAUCACCUACGUAAAUUAUUGGAAACUCAGUCUCGAAAAUAAGAAUGGUAAAACUUAGUACGUCUCAUAAUUGCAGCAGUGAUUAUAAUAGCAAUGCUCUGUUUCGUGUAAGCUGUAUAACUAGUGAAAUGUUCAGUGAAAUUUCACGAUAAUUAUGUCACGAUGUUUAAAAUCCUACGCACAUUCUCACGUGUGCAGGAAUUCUUUGAAGAUGAAGUGUAAAUCAGUGUAUCACUUUGAUGAUACAGCUAGCAAUUUAUUGUUCCUUUUAGCCGCUUCAUAACUCAUGUAUUAGGAUAGGAAGAGAACAAUACGCACAACUGUGAUCAAAUGUUACUUGUGUUUCUUACCAUAAUUUAUACCUAUGGUUCGGGAAUACCUGCAUUUUUCUUUUCUUAAAAUGUUACAUUAGGUGAUAAUUUUUGCUUUUGACAUGAUGGUGUUAGGGUUUAUAAAUGAUUUAGGACUAAAGGUAUCGAUAAAAACAUAUUUAUAGCCUCUGUAAUAAAACAUAGACAACGUUAUACCUUUAUCUUUAGUAUAGUUAGCUCUACAAGAUGUAGACUAUUAUAGCUACAAGCUACAACCAUAAAGCUGCUUUAUUAGAUGUUAUCAGUUAUGUUUAGCAAACCAUUUUGGGGGUUUAAAAUCUGUUAUAAAGGUAUAUGUUUUCAUGUCUCUAAAUCUGACAUUAUUGUAUAUUAUUUUUCUCGAAUGUUUGUGUAUACCGAAAUGAUGGAACUUUUGUAAAUAACUGAAAAUAUGUAUUUUUAGCUAAAUAAAAUAUUCAUGUAUUGACUUGGCGGAUGAACAGAAGGGAAUGUAAUUUCUCGAAUUUAUUGUAAUGAUAACAAACGAAGUUGUGUUGUUCUCUUCUCUUUGAAUAAAGUACAGUAGUUCGAUUAUUAUAUUACUUGGAGAGAGAAAAAGACAUCACCAAGAAAAUGCUCCUACACUAUUGUUGAUUUAAAUUCAUUAACGGUAAUUUUGAAGAAUGAAAAGAGGUUUACAUAAAUUAUUUGUCGUUGUGGCACACUAUUCUGUUGAAGCUUUUUACCAAUGUGAAGUCUUUUCAAAAUUUUGUACCUAGAUUUGUAGGAAUGCUUGCUAAAGUAUUACAUGGAAAUGCGUUAGGCGAAUGAGGAACAAAAAUACAGAACCCUCAUGAAUAAAUUACCAUCUCCAUCUGUUAUUCACUAGUAUUUUCAUCAUUCAAGAGUAUGAUAGUUUCCUGGAGAUAACGUUGGGAAAUUAGCUGCUACGUCAGAAAACAGGGUUUGUUCAUCCCUAUUCGUCUUUGCCAUUCGUUUUCACACACACACCCCUCUCUCUCUCUCUCUCUCUCUCUCUCUCUCUCUCUCUCCAUCUCCCUCCAUUAUACUCUAACUCCCUCCCUCCCUCCAUUGCUUGUUUUCAGCCACUUACAUAAUAAUGUUUUCCUUCAUUUAACUUUGAUGGCGUUUUUCUUCUUCUCCAUGUCUGCCAAGUACUCUAUUUCAUUUUAUUAUAUGUGGGGGUCUUCCCACUGUAUAAAGUACUUUUUGAUAGAUAUUCUCUCUCAUCAUGCUCACAUUCUUCCGAAACUGUAGAGAGAUGCAUUAAUAAUCUUGCUUCUAAUAUAUGAAACAAAUUUUAAUUACUGAUUUAAAAAAAAACACGUUGAAAUGCAUGAAAUAACUCAAUUAAAUGAGAAAUGAAAUAAUAUAAUGCUUGAUAUCAUUCGAGGCUCCUACUUUUCUUUAAAGAAGGAUACUGUUUAUCCAAUAAUACAGUAUCGAUAUGGUUGUAUUUUGUAGUAUUCAUUCAGUGUACCACCGAUAUGAUGUUAUAUAUUUUCGAGAGAUCGCAUUAAAACUGAGCGUGAAACUAAUCA